AUGAAGAUAUUUGUGACAGUUCUUGUGGCUGCCCUGUCGCUGGCCCGCGCCGACAUCAGCCUCACGCAACCGCAAUCUGGCUAUAACUACCGCGUGCAGCAGCAGGCACCUCCCCAGCCGCAGCCCCAGGCUCCAAUAGUGGCACACUUGCUUAACCAACAGCUGCAACAACUGCAACAGCAGCAUUCCUCCUCUGUAUCCUCCCAACAUCCAGUGCUGCCGCCACUCCCCUAUCUUCCGCCCGCUGGUCAGUACCAGUCCCACGGCAGCCGCCCCCUGGCACCUGUUGCACCUGCUAAUGGUGCCUAUCCAAUGCCUGCCGGAUUUCCCGCCACGUUCCAGACGGCACCACUCCAGCAGCACCGUCGUGCCCGUCCACGCGUGAAAAUAGCCAAAAAGCCUAUCGUGACGAAGAACUUCUUCAUACACUCGGCACCCGAGGAGUCGGACGACGAGGUGCAGGAUGAGCUGGCCCAGUUGGCGCAACAGCCCCGCAAUCACUACAACGUGCUGUUCGUGAAGACGCCCGCUCAGACAAAUCGGGCUGCUGCUCUCAAUCUGGCCAAAACGCUGAAGCAAGAGAAGACUGUAGUCUAUGUCUUGGCCAAGAAAACAACUGCGGCUGAUCUACAGGAUGCCAUUGCAGAGACACCUCAGCACAUUAACAAGCCGGAGGUCUUCUUCAUCAAAUACCGUACGCCAGAAGAAGCGGCCAAUGCGCAACGCCAGAUCCAGUCGCAGUAUGAUACUUUGGGGGGAACAUCGACCAUUACCGAUGAGGGUGUAGCUCCAAUAACCUCCGUGGUGGGCUCCCUUGACCCUGUCGAAGAUGAAGAAGAGGAGCAGCAGCAGCAGCAUCAUCAUCACCAGCAACAGGGCCUCAUCGAGUCCUCACAAGGGGGCUUCAGUGAAAACAGCCAUAGCAACCAAAUCGGCAACCACUACCUUCCGCCAAAUCAGUUCUGA